CCAGCUUCUCUCUAUUUGACAUCCACCCUCCCUCCCUUUUAUAAAUAUUCAACUCCCAACCCAGUUUAAUUAAAGCUAUAGUAGUUCUUUGACUCCAUAUUUAUCCCUUGAACAAAUGUCUAAAGAAAACGCCAUCAGGAGAAAUGUUAUCGAAAAGAAGAACAGCAGCAGCAGCAGCAGUAGUCCUGCAAGGGGAAAUAAAGAGAAGUUAUCAACUCAAAGCCUAUUAUCCAAACACUUGAAGAAAGUUUAUCCUGUUGGGAUUCAGAAAACAAGCUCACUUCUCUCCCUUUCUUCACUUUCUUUAACCCUUUCGCAUAACUCGAGUGGCUCCUUUACGGAUUCAUCUUCUACCUUAGAGCAGACCAUCUCAUCUGCACUGCACCUCAUUGCACCAACACCUGCUAGAAGAGAGCCGCCCGUGGCUAAAACUAGCGCCGUUCAUGCUCCAGUUCCACAACCGAGUUUGGAUCCCACCAACUGUGAGGAAGGAUUGAGAAGAUGCAACUGGAUUACUAAAAGCAGUGAUAAAGUUUACGUACAAUUCCAUGACGAGUGCUGGGGAGUUCCGGUGUAUGAUGACAACCAACUGUUUGAGCUGCUCUCAUUGUGUGGAAUGUUGAUGGAUUACAAUUGGACUGAAAUCCUGAAAAGGAAGGAUCUUUUCAGAGAAGCAUUUGCUGGAUUUGAACCAAACAUUGUUGCAAAGAUGGGAGAGAACGAUAUCAUGGAAAUAGCCUCUAACAAGGACAUCAUGUUAGCCGAAAGUAGAGUCAGAUCCAUCGUUGAAAAUGCCAAAUGCAUCCUCAAGAUUGCGAAAGCACAUGGAUCUUUUAGCGGAUACAUGUGGGGUUCGGUAAACUACAAACCAACCAUUAAUAGAUGCAGACAUCCAAGAAACGUACCUCUAAGAACACCGAAAGCAGAAGCCAUUAGCAAGGAUUUACUGAAACAUGGGUUCCGAUUGGUCGGGCCAGUGAUCGUGUAUUCGUUCAUGCAAGCUGCUGGAAUGAGCAUUGACCAUCUUGUUGACUGUUUUAGGUUUAGUGAAUGUGUUAAUCUUGCUGAAAGACCAUGGAGGCAUGUCUAACAUCACGUAUUUAUUGAGCAUUUAGAGGUUAUAUAUACUUAUAUAUAUAUUUCUUUAACAUUAUAUUAAUUUUAUUUUGAUUACAGGGUAUGUAUUUUAAUUAAUUUGGUUUGUAUUGGUGUGUAUGGAAUGUAUCGGCAUGGGAUUGUGGAAUCUUAAUUAUAUACGAGGAUAUUUUUGUGAUCAAUAUAGUUUCAAAUCUUGCUCUCUGUGUUUUCAAUACGCUAGUUUACUGACUCUAUAUUCAACGUUACCACGUCCAGCGACGUUGGGUGC